AUGAGGGCUGCGGCUCGUCAUGUGCCAGUACUAGCGCUGCUGCUUCUGCUGCUGCAGUUGCAACAGCUAGCUGCGGAAGGUCCUUACAAGUCUGAAGAGGCUUAUUCCUUCAUUGAUCCACAGGAGGCGACCUUCGGUGCACCCCCAAUUGACGAGCACACUACACGGGAUCAUAGCCUGAGGAGCCUCACCACGAGAAAUUCACAGCAUACGCAUAUCCUCCUACAGAAAACCCAGAAAAAGGGUCUUUCGGCUGCUGAUGAGGAAAAGACCACAAAUUUGCUGACUGGUGGUGCUUUUCACUCGGGCUCUGGGCAACCAGGGGCGCUGAAGCGCUUGGCAAAUUAUGUGAGGAAUUCAUCUGUGGUUGAUAGGGUGCUGUCGGUCGUCUAUUACUUCGUGGGUUCCUCCCCUGGUAGAGCGGACCAAGUCUUGUUGCGUCAGAGCGACAGUGUUGGCGUGGGUGUGGGUCUCUUAGUACACAUACUGCGGAUGCAGACGCCUGAGGCGCGGAAAACCCUCAGUCGCAGGCUUCAGAGUGCCCCCGAAGUGCGGAGCUACAUACAGAGGUUUGGGGAGCUAGUAGAUCCGCGAAAAAGCAUCAAAGAAUCCCUGCAGCAGCUAUUAUGGGCCCGCAGAAGGGCAGCCCGACUGGCUUUGGGAGCUUAUGACACCCAGGAGCUCGCAGAGUUGCUCAAUCUCGUGCGAAGAUUUAAACAAGAGUAUAUGCAUCUCUUGGGGUUUGUGGCUGUUUGCCUCGAUGGCCUGCCAGACAGUCUCCCCGUUCUAUCACUCUUUGUGGACAGACUUCUCAUUCCGUUGCAGGAUGCCCUCAGGAGCAUGUCCUCCGUGUCCGGUCGUUUCAAGGGUUUUUCACUUGCACUCGCACAGCAGCAGUUGUUACGGUGGGUGAACUACCUGGGGAGUCUAGAGUUCACGCUUUUGCAGUUGGUGCCGGGAGGCUCCCGGGCCCUCACAUCCCUGCGGCACCUUAACAGCCAGGACAGCAGCCUCGAAGAAACAGACAGCAGCUACGCAAGCCAAGAGGGAGAAGAAAUGGUAGAAGCCUUUGACAGUCAUCUUUGA